AUGCCAAUUUUCCUCCUCCAUAUCUUCAUCGUUUUCUACAAACCCUUCAACGACAAACUCCCCGCCGUCUUCACCCAAAGCUACCUCAUAAUCAAGCAAGAUUUCGACAAUGCCACCGUCCUAUGCGCCUACCCUCUCUUAAGCUCCAUGGCCUUCGCCGCCUUCGGCCUCGGGUACAUCCUCUGCUUCCUCUUCUCUUGCUGGAAAGUGGCCUCCAUGGUCAUCAACAAAUCCCUCAGGGUUCGUGUCUAUAGCCUCGCCUCCACCAUUUUGAUUUCCUUGCCCUUGCAGAUUAUAUUCCUUGGUCUCUCCGCCCUCUGGACGCCCGACCAGCCCGCUUACUCCGUCGUCGCCUUGGUCGUGUUUUUCACUACUUUUCUAUGCGCCGCCGCCGGGGAGGGUAUUUUGGUCAUUGUGCCCAUUGCUGAUUCCUUGGCCGCCGGUGGUGAUUCUGGUUGGGAGGAUUCCGGUGAGCGGUUAAAGAAUGCAGGCGACAGUUGA